AGGUAGUAGAGGGCGUUAUGUUUACUUAGGGAGUUCCAUGAUAGUGGUCAUUUAAUAGAUUGAGAAGAAUUUUAAAAUGCUGUAAUAUAACAUUAAAAUGGGAUUUCGUAUCGUUGUUCUGAAUAUAUGGUUUGAUGUACUUCUGUUUCUAUUAGGUUAUGGGGAAGCUUCAACUCAUUGGGUUGUAACUGAAGAUGGAAAGAUACAGUCACAGAUGGAUUCUGUCUUUUCAUUGAAAAGACCUUAUGAUUUAAUGGCUCUAAUGCAACAAGAGCAAAGAGCCGUGCUUGUUGAAGAUCUAAAACAACAGCUUAUGGCUCAGAAAGAAGACAUUGAUCUCCGAGAAGACAAAGAAACAAACCUUGAAGAUAAAAUCUAUUCAACGGAUGUAGACUGUAUAAUUGCAGGAAAGCCGUUGACAGAAUUUGACCUUUAUUUUAGCACUGUUAUAUUGUUUGACUCUAAAGAUCUCAGUGUUAAUGACUGCAUGAAAGAAAUGUCAAUGAAGGAAAAGAACAAAAAACCUAACUGUACGGAAAUAAUAGAACUGGAUUUCAGUAUGAAUGCGUUUGAGCAUCUUACGGGAGUUAGGAACCGCCACAACUUAAGUAUGUCUGCUGAAGAAGGCCUUCUACAAACAGUGUCCAGUGGUGUUGACAUUGAAGAAUUUGGAAAUGCUGUAAAUGAAGCCAUGAAAAAGAAUAAAACUUCAUGGAUGUUGUUCAACUUGGCUACAUAUUACUGGAGAGAGAAGGGUGAUGCAAAUAAUGCAAUAGAAUGCCUUCGUCGAGCUUUGCACUUCUCACCAAGGGAACAUAAAGAUAUUGCUUUAAUUAGUCUGGGAAAUGUCUUGCAUCGGGCUCAUUUCUCCGAAGAAGCAGCAGUUGUAGUACGUGCAGCUAUAGAUGUAGAUCUAGACAAUGCCAUUUCACAUUAUACUCUCGGGAUCAUCUAUGCUGUUUUAGCCGACUACAAUAAAUCAGUGGAGUCUUUUGAAAAUGCCUUAAAAGUUCAGCCAGAUUUCAAAAAUGUAGAACAGCAUCUUCAUGCAGUCCUAUGUCAUAGCAAAGUGGAAAAAGCUCUAGAAACUCAACACAGCUCUUUACAACGGACUUUGUCGGAGUUACGAGAUUAUCGAAAACAACAUGAGUUGUGGCUUAAGCAACAAGAACAGCUUUUAAGCGAACAAGCCCCACCUGAAGUUAAGCUCGUACAAAGGCUGGAAUACGAAGAGCAGAAGAUCCGAGAGAGUCUGGAUGGUAGAGGUCAAGAUUGCAUUCAGUUUGAGCAAAGUGGCCACACAGUCCUCAGCUGCAAUAUGAGACGAGAAGCCUAUCAUCAAGGAACUCAGGCACAGGUAGACCUGAACCUCAACCUGCAACUAAUUCAAGCUGUAGAAUCGCAUGCCGGCCAGCUUGGACAGAAGGUGGCAGAUCAAUGCCAUCGAUCUUAAGUGUCGGCUAACAAUACGAAGAAUUGAAUUGUGGCGGAAUGCUACAAGUUCUUCAAAUACCUAUAGAAUGAUAGGUUUAUUUUUUGUGAGUGUAAAACACUUAAAUACACCGGUUCAAUUUUCGAUACCUCACUACUAUAAAGGCUUGGUUUGGUUUGAUAUUUCAUUGGUGGUAGUGUCCAGGGUCACUGAUGAGGAGUGGAAUUCUCCAAAACACCCUCCCCAAUGAAAGAAUAGACCAUUCCAAGCUUUUAUUUGUUGUUAAACAAAUAUUUAAACAACUCUGUUUAUUCAGUCCUAAGUUUUGUCGUGUGCAAUAAAUGUUUACAUAAGUAUCUCUUAUAUAACAUUAAUUGGUUUUCAUCUCAUAUUAAGUAACAGAACUUGUAUAUAAUUGUUUAAUUUUUGCCGUUAAACUUGCACCUGAUAGUAAAUGUGUAAAGAAUAUAAACGUUUUCUUGGUAGGCAGGCAUUCUAUGAACUUCCACUGUUUCUUGUAUUAGGUACUUAUUAAUACAAUCUAUUAUAAGUAUACAAAACUUGAUGUAAAAAAUCAUGUUUUUCAGUCUGUAUCUCAUGAUGCUAGGGGGUUUGUUUACUCGUUACUAGACUAUAUGGAGUUGUAUUUGCACCAUUAAAAACACAAAAACCAGGAUAUGUUAUGAUUAACUUGUAACUAUUAUAAAGAGAUCAGGUAAAAAAUUUCCAAAAUACCUAGAACUAAGACAAGGAGCAUUAUGUGAUCUUCGAUAGGAACUUAGGCCUAUAUCGACACAAACAACAGGAAUAUAAAUAAGAAUUAGAACAAAGUUCUGAAUGGAACAAAUGCUACUGUGAAACAACUCUCUUACAGUGGUAUGUGUAUCUUAGUAACCAUUUGAACAGUGGAUCAGUUGGUGUUUUAAUUGAAGAGAGAGAGAGGUGUAUAAGUGUGUGUGAUGGGAAAUUAUAUAUGUUUAGUAGAUCAAGAUUGCAUACCAUGGUGAUUCAUGAUUAGUUGGAUUUAGUUGGGUAAAUACUGUUGUAAAAGUGUUGAGUUAAUUUGGUAGAUUUCAUGUGAAUUUUAAAAAGAUGUGCUAUCUCUAAUUCAGGAGCAUAGUUUAAUGUCAAUAUUUGCUCUUUGACUCGGACUUAACCCUUUAAAACCAUCCCAGUCAGAAUGCACAUACAAAAGGUCACCUUAUACAGUAGUUAUCAUCAAUUAACCACGUAUUGAAUGCAGCUGGAAAACGUUUUGAAGGUUUUUUUGGCUACCGUUUUAUAAGUUUUCUAUGUAUUUAAAGUAACAGUACCUUGCUUUUGUUUUCAGUAUUAAAAUGUACAAAUUUAGUUACAGAAAAGAAAAACAUUAAAAGUUUAAUGCUUUACUAUAACCAGAAUUGUUUAAGUUUUUUAAUUCCAUGGUUCAUCUUCACUGGGUUUUAUCGGCAACUAUUUAUACACUGAAGUAAAGUUAGUAAUUACAUGGAACAUAAAUGAGAGUUUAGGUUAUUAAGUUGUUUUUUGUACUAACAAAUAACUCCUUUAAAUUAUUCUACAACUCUGGUUGGUAAUAAAUAACGAAAUGAAAGUGGAA